CCCAGUCUGGGUAUACAUUUUCUGAUAAGAAUGCAAAGUUUUGAGUUUUUGAAUUAAAAAUGCCUUAGUUAACAACCAGCAAGUGCCAUGUAGAAUUAACCCAGUGCUACAGAGAGCAGGAAUGGAGCAGCAAUCAAAAGUAAUCACCAAGGGGCCCCAAUCAGGCCAAUUCUAGUCCGGGAGGAGCAGCCCAUCCCAGCCAGAUAUCAGGAUGUCCAACGAUGUGCAGGUGGCCCGAGUGGCCAAGAUAGCCGCCACCGAUGUGCCGCGACGCAGCGGCAAGCAGCGCGACUCCAGCGGAUUCCAGGGCAAUCACAGCGAGGAUUUCGAGUAUGUCUUCGGGAGCAUUUCGCCGCGCGGAGGAGGUCCUGGCGCCAGGCACUUGGUGGGAUCCUGCGACCUGGACUCCCCGGAGCACACGCAGCGGGACACUACGGAGAGCGACAACAACAUCUCCAGCUGCUCCACGCUAGACAUUGUCAACAAAGUUGAGCAGCUAUCGGUGCAGCAGCUGGAGAACCGGGUGCGCGAACUCACCCAGCGCCUGCAGCAGGCCGAAAGGCAGCUCACGGAGAGCAACACGGAGCGGGAGAUUUGCCACAAGCGGCUGGAGGUGGUCAGCCAGGCGCACGAGUGCCGCAUCACCGAGAUGCACUGCGUCAUAGCGGAGCUGAGCAAGAAACUGCGCAGCAAGCAGGAUCACAUUAUCAUGGAGGAACAGGAACCGGAGGGUAGUGAACUGAGUUUUCAGGAGGGUUCUGUCUACAACUCCGAGCUCAAUCUCACCAAUCCCGAUGCCGAGUGCCAGACGGAACCCCUGGAGGAUCUCGAGGGCGCCUACAGCACCACAAGUGUGGGUCAGAUGGGCCACAAGCCGCAGGAACUCAGCCACAAGGGCCAAGUGGAGGCCUUGCAGGAGGAGGUGCUGCAUUUGAGGGCCCAAAUAGCCCUGCUUCAGUCCGAGAUUUCCACCAAGGAGGCCGCCGUGGUCGAGGAACAGACCAAAGUGGCCUUCUUUGGCUGCGAAACGGAGGUCAACGAAAGCGGACAGCGCCUCAAUGAUUUGAAUUCUUGUGUUUCCCUGACCAGCCCGCAGAAACGUGUGCCCGCCGUGCCGAAAAUGGCCGAACGGGUCAAGUUGCGCUGCGCCAGCAAACAGGAAUCCGCUGAAGCUCCCGAGCACACAUCUCUAAGCAACGAGGAGCACAUUAACCUGGUGGAGCACUUGGUGUGCGAGCUAAAAGAGCAGAACCUCUUCAUGGAAAGCUUCAUGGAGCCCCUGCAGCUGAGCAGGGAAUUGGAGCGACUGCAGCGGCGUGUGGAGCACUUGGAGAUGCGGAACACCAUGUUGGCACUGACGCUGGACGAGUGCAAGGAGCACACGGAGCACCUGUAUCUGCUGUGCGGCAAAUACGAGUCCAAUGCGGUGGCCCUUCAACUGGCGCUCAACUGCAGCGAUCGGGCAAUCGAGGCGUACGACGUGAUGCUGGCUCUGCUGGAGAGCAAGUUGGCUCUACUCGGUGAGAAGUCAGCGGCGGCGGAGGAGAGUCGCCGAUCUGUGGAGGCGGUGGCAAGGCAUCUGCUAGCUCGACUAGACAGUGAGAAGAACGUGUGCGAGAAUAGUUUGGGACCUUGGCAACACAACAUCAAUUUAAGCACUGAAGAUACCCCCAAGAUUGGCCGCUCCUGGUGCCCCGACGACGACAAUCGUCUGCGCUACCACGUCUCCAAGCUGAAGGGACGUCGAUCGAGUGUCCAGCACACCAUCGUCAGUCUGGAGUCGCCCUUCAGCGAUAUUUACGAGCGGAAGCGUCUCGCCUUGGAGAAGGAGCACGAGCUGCGCAGCGAGGACAAGAAGUCACCCAUCGAUCUGGAGACGGCGGUGAUUAUGCAGGAAUUGCUUGAGCUGCGCGAUGCGAAUCUUCAGCUGAAGUCGAAAAUGGAGGAAGCGGAGAAGGAGCGGCAGAAUGCCAACGAGCGUGUGGGCAUCCUUCAUGAAGCCCUGAAGCAGCUGCAGGCCAGCAAUCGGGUGUCCUACUCGGAGGCAGAGCACGCCACCCUCACGGAGCAGCAGUUGGUCGAGGCUCUGACGCGGGAAACGGAGCUCAAGAGCCGCAUCCAGACGCUGUUGGCCAAUGUCACCGCCUCGCAGAAGGCCUCCGACGAGAAGUACGAGCAGCUGCACCAGAAUGUGCGAGAACUCCAGAAGUCCAACCAUAAUCUGGGACAAAUGUUGGAGCACAGCAAGCGCAAGUACCAGCUGCGGGUGAGGAAGCUGGAGCAGAAGAUCGUUGACCUGCGACUGGACUACGAGCAGGGACACAAUCAUGUACCCGAGACGACUUUGUAGGCCCAGGAGGACUGGGCAACUGGACGAGGAGCGGGCGCGCUUGUCACAUAUCCCGCAAAAGAUCUUUCCCUCUCGAUCAUAUCGCUUAGUUUACCCCCAACGCAAUGCCCCCAACCGAGUCUACAGUUGCCCCUGGAACACCGACAUGAUGAUGAACGAGACAGUAUCACGAAUGUGCCAUGAUAACUAACUUGCAGCCAGCUG